AUGUCUUUCUUUGGUUUUGAUACCAACCUCCCUCGGGACCGUCAGCAAGGCGGUCCGUCGCGGGGCUUCUUCGAGAACCCAGAUCCCUUUGCGGAGGUAGCUCGUGCGCAAGCUCAGGAUGAUGACGAUGGCAUCGACUUUGAAGAUACCUACGACGGCCUUGGCGAUCAGCUCGACGAUGAUCAGGACGUGUUCAAUGACGACACCUUCGGUGGUGCGGAUGCCGGACCUGGUUCUGGAGGCCAAGUCGGCCGUGACUUUGACUUCUUCGGAACCACCGCUAAGGUCGCCGAUGUCAUUGGCGAAGAGCAGGUUCGCUAUGCGCUGCAAAAUCCCUCCGCGGCGCCAAUGCCGGCUCAGGAGCAGGCGAAUGCCUCGGCCGCCAUGCCGACAGCCACCACGAACCCCCCUUCCAACAAGCGCUCUGGAUAUGAAAAGUAUUCGGAUCCGGACUUCAUCCCUGAUCUGCAGGCCAAGUCAAGCGUCUGGGGUAUCUCGCAGAAGAAGCCGGAGCCGGCUCAGCCCAUGUCUCGGAGACCGAUGAUGAGCCUGGAAGAAGUCGAGGCUCAAAUGCGGCAACGCUCCCAGCCUGGACACAUGAUGCAUCCUCAAUCAUCAAUGCCGCAGCACCCAGGAGAUCCCUCCUACCACCCCCCGUCUCAGUUUCCACAGGGAGUGCCCGAGGGAUUCCCCGCAAUCCCUCCCGAGUAUCUGCGUGCGGCCAUGGAGAAGGGCGUGCUUCCUCCCGGUAUGCCCGGCCUGCCUCCCGGAAUUGCAGAGCUUCAUGGUGCUCCUGUCAUGUCUGGACCUCCGCCAAUGCGUGGACCGCAAUCCCAGAUGCCCCCGCAGGUUAUUCCUCAACAAGGGCCCCGAAACGUCGGUCCAGUCCAAGGCCAGCAAGGCCAACAUGUGCAGCAGCUGCCGCCCCCUCCAUCGCGUGGGCCUAAUGGCGGCCUGCCGGUAAUCACCAACCCACAGCAACUUAUGCACUUGACAGAAGAGCAGCGUAAUGCUUACCUAGUCGAGGAUGCUAAACGAGCGAAGCGCAAUCACAAGAUUUUCCUCCUUUCACGCGGAAAUGGCCUGAUGACACCCCAGGACAAGAACUUCAUCACCCGCAUCCAGCUGCAGCAACUCGUGGCUGCUGCAGGCAAUGUGGCCGACGCGGACGCCGAAGCCGUUCUGGCUGAGGACUUCUACUAUCAGGUUUACAGUCAGAUUCGCGGUGCCCCACGUCAGCAUCCGCACCAGCCCCUGGGCCACUUUGCGCAGACUUAUCUUCUUCAAACCGGCAACCGUCUGGGCGGGCACGGCAAUCGUCGGGCAUUCCAAAGUGCUGAUAAUCACAUGCAGCGCAUGCAACAGCAGGUUCAGCGGGCCGUUGAAGCCGCAAAGGCCAAGCCGAAGAACAAGCAGCUUAUUAUCGAGGGUAGUUUGGGAAAAAUUUCCUUCAGCAAUGCCAAAGCACCCAAACCCAUGCUCAACAUUAAGCGACCAGACAGCUCCGAGGGCCCACGGCCGAAGAAAGUGCAGUCCGAUCUUAGCCUCAGUGACCGGAAAUCCAUCCUGACGAACAUCGAGAGUGUUUACAGUGCCUUGAUGGCCAUGGAGGACAUGGAACGAACCAUGCCACCGCCACCCGAGGAGGGCGAUGCCGAAGCGAUCCAAGCGCAUAUGGAAUGGAGACAAAAGGUUCACUUACUGAACCAGAAGUUGUGGCGUGCUCUCAAGGUCAUGGAGCCUAUCGUCCCCAACUCGACUACUCCCCAUCCCUUCAUCGCCUUCCUUUCAUAUCCCAAAGGUAAAAAAGCGAUUCCCCGCAUUUUCCGCCACAUCGACCAGGAACAGAGAGUCACCAUCCUGACCAUGAUCGUGGUUCAUCUGGAUAGCUUGGAUGUGGUGCGUCUUGCACAGCCCGUUCCGGGCGAAGCACAGCCAUCACUUGCGGUGCGCGAAUCCAUAGAUCUCUUCUCACUGGCCGUCAUGCCCAGUCUGUUGGGCUACGUCAACGAAGCUCCCUUCAAUAUCAUCAUCGGACUCCUCGGCCUGAUCAUUGCUCAGACACACGUGCAGACUGUCGCCCGCACCAAGGUUGGUCUUGGAAUUCUCACGAUGUUGCUCAGUCGUGCGGAGAUUGUCAAGGAAGCUGGUCAGGCUUCCGAGCGAGAUUGGCAACAAUGGGUUGAGAAGUUCAACGUUCUCUUUGAUACACUGGAGCCCGCCCUUGCCGAGAUCUUCCCUGGCGCUAUCAAUACUGGUGACGACAUGUAUGUGUGGCAGUUCCUGGCUGCGGUGGGUAUCGGUGCUAGCCCCGAGCAGCAGCAGCGUCUCGUCAUUGCGGUGAAGGACCGGGUUAUGGAGACUGUUGGCUAUAGUAAGACAUUGCCCGCUGAUAUGGCUAGCCAGCGAUUGGGCAAUGUCAACCUGUUCAUGAGGGCUAUCGGCCUUGACGUGGAACUUCUUGGUUGA